AGGAGAAUAGCGGUCCACUAGCUCUCCAUGCGUCGGGGAGGUAUCACUGAAUAAUAACGGACUUGCCUCUUCCAGCCAUCCACUCGCAGAUUUACCUUUUUAGUAGCUUAAGGGUGUGAACAUUUCGACGUUCACUGCUCGGUCUUUUAAACUAGGCUACUGUAUUCGAUGAAUAUCGGGGUGGUUUCGCUCAGCAGCUCCUUGCUUGGAUAACCUUAUCGCUGUGCUGUGUGGAUGCUCUGGAUAACGGGUCUCCCUACCAUUCCGAUCAGAGCUGUCUUGGAAAUGAAAGGAAAUGAUUGACUGGACAGGCAGUGAAUGAUAGACGCACAAGUCACUGACCUCACACUGCCAACCGCAGAAGAGCAGCUGGAUGCAGUUACUCGGCCAUCGUUAAGUUGACAGGACCAUCCUGGAUUGUGGACCACCGUUUAACUACGGUGUUAUUGUUCAGCAGACGUGUCAUGGACAUACACAAGGAUUCCUCAUCUAUGUGAUUUUUGUCUGACCGAACAUUUUUUUCUACAGAAUGCCAAGGCUUUCCCUUUAAAAUAUUUAAGGAACUAGUAUUCUGGUCAGCUUUUUCCUCUGAGAUGUUGUUUUCCAACAGAGUGAAGAGGAGCCUGUAAUUGUGAUGAGGAAGACAGGGACUGUUUCUGUUCAUCAGAGGAACCCGGCAUUCAGCCUGUUAGAGCCACGAAAUCUCCAGAGGAGGAAAUAUUCUCAGACAUCACUUGGAAAUUGUAAUUUUCAAUAAUUUUUUCUCUGUUUUUCCCUUCCCUUCCUUCCACCUCCCAGACAACUAAGUUUAUAAUCUACCACUACACCAUGUCUCUAUCGAAGUGGAGGAAGAUCAGGGCAUUUACUGUGUUUUCAUGCAUUGUAACUUUAACCACGUUCCUCUUCAGUUACACGUUGAGAGAUCCCUCUCUGUACUUCUUCAAAUACGCCAUCCGCAAAUCGGACAGCUUCUUCUCUAAGGGCCAGUGUGGCUGUCGACAGUGUAUGACCGAGCUGGAGGACGACCCCUGGUUCACUGAGAGGUUCAACCUGUCUGUUCAACCUCUGAUGUCUAGGAGGAACAGCCUGCUGACUGACGACACAUACCGCUGGUGGCAGUGGUUGCAGGCAGAGCAAGAGCCGGCCAACUUCAGCGAGGUGGUGGAGAAGUUGUUCCAGGUCAUCCCUGAUGCUGACCUUUACAUGGAUGCGGGCCCUGAGCGCUGUAGGACCUGUGCUGUGGUGGGGAACUCUGGGAACCUUAAGGGCUCCCGCUACGGAGCCCUCAUCGACUCCAGUGAUGUCGUCAUCAGAAUGAACAUGGCUCCUACCUCUGGCUAUGAGGAGGAUGUUGGGAGCCGGACCACCCAUCACGUCAUGUACCCAGAGAGCGCCAUAGAUCUGGACAACACCACCAGUCUUCUGCUCAUCCCCUUCAAGACUCUGGACCUUCAGUGGAUCACCAGCGCCUUGACUACAGGCUCCAUCAAACACACAUACAUUCCUGUCCAGUCCAGGAUUAAGGCAAACAAGAACAGGGUGUUGAUAUACAGCCCGACCUUCUUUAAAUAUGUCUAUGACGCAUGGCUGGAGAGUCAUGGCCGGUAUCCCUCCACUGGCUUCCUCAGCCUAUUGUUUUCCAUUCAUAUCUGUGAUAAGGUGAGUGUGUACGGGUUCGGAGCGGAUCAGUACGGGAACUGGCACCACUACUGGGAAGAGAAUCACCAGGGAGGAGCAUUCCGCCACACCGGGGUGCAUGAUGCUGACUAUGAGUACAACGUUACCCUGCUUCUGGCUGACAAACACAAGAUCAAGAUUUUCAAAGGCUUCUGAUGUCUGGAGAUGUUACUGGCCUGAGACCAUCAAGCCUCUUGAAUGAAAUUCUUUCGACUCAGAGGUUAAUCACUGGGCAUAAACUGGUUGAAUAAACAUUGUUUCAACGUAAUUUGUCAACGUAUUGUGACGUGGAAUCUGUGUAAAAUUCAUUGGAUUUGCAAAGAGUAAUCAACUGUUGUUUUGAGGGUGAAAUUUCAACCACAGGAUUUUGUCAUCAUUGUAACCAAUGUUCAACAUAGACAGCGCUUGUAUAAAAUAUGUUGAAUUUGUACCUUUUGAAACAAUGUCAGAUAUUCAAUGUUAUAUCCAUUAUCAGGAAAAAAACUAUAGCUGGGCAGCAAAUCCUUCUGGAAAAUUCUACAGCUAUCUAUAGCUAUUCCUUUGGUCUCCCAUCCUGGGUUUUAACCCAGCCCGACCCUGCUAAGCUUUGAUAUGUCACUGACAACGCCCCCCCAAACAAAGAGUGUUUUGUGAACUAACACUCACACUUUACUUUGUUCCCCCUUACUAGCUCUGACUUUGCUGAUAGCUACUUCAUUGAGGAUAAAUGUACUGACUAUGCCUGUGAUAUGUGGUUGUUCCAACUAGCUAUCUUAAGAAGAGUGCACUAACUAAGUCGCUCUGGAUAACAGCGUCUACUAAAUGACUAAAAUGUAAAAAUGUACAAGCUAAAUAGAUUCACUUUUGCCAUCGGAAGUCAUUCCAAUAGGCCUAUUGUUUCAAUUCAACCCAGGAUUCAACUAAAAAUAGACGAUACAUAUAGGCAUAGGGUUUAAAGCUUUGGUUGAUUUUAAAUGUAAUCUAUAAGUUAAUAAUGUACUGUAUAUGUUGGAUUCAUGUCUCCAUCCUAACCAAAAAUCGAAGUUAAAGAAUAGGACUAAAUCCAACUUCAUUUAAAUUCCAUUUACAGUUUGAUUUGAUUUUGUCCUAUUCUUUAAGUUCGAUUUUUGGUCGAGUUGGAGAAGUGAAUCAAACAUACUAUUAGAUUUUUAAAAACUUUUUGGGGGGAUAUUUUGCCACCUCUUUCUCAUUCGAUCUUGUCUCAUCGCUGCAACUCCCCAAUAGACUCAGGAGGCGAAGUUCGAGUCAUGCGUCCUCUGAAACAUGACCCGCCAAACAGAGCUUCAUAACACCCGGCCGCUUAACCCGGAAGCCAGCCGCAUCCAUGUGUUGGAGGAAACACUGUUCAACUGACGACCGAGGUCAGCCUGCAAGCGCCCGGCCCGCCACAAGGAGUCGCUAGAGCCAGAUGAGCCAAGUAAA